UUUUCUCCGUUCACCUUUCUCACUCCUCGACUUCAAGUUCCUCUGUCCUACCCAGAAGGCCCUAUUUACUCUCCGCAAGUCAGUGGCCCUGCCUUAACGUCUUUCGAUCAGCAUUGCAUCGAUUUUGACGACUUCUGUUUUACAGACCACGAUUACGCUUCUAGCCUUUUCCUGUCGAAUCUCUCUUGCAAAAUGGGCAACGGAGCCAAAGCCGCGAUGAAGCGGGAGCGUAAUGCCAAAGACUCUAAAAAAGAGCCGAGCAGUCAACUGAAAUCGAACGCAAAAGCACAAUCGAUCAAGUGCAAAAUCUGCUUUUCCACGUUCCAAAGCACCAUGGCUCGGAAAGGUCUCGAAGAGCACGCCUCCAACAAACACAGCAAGAAUUAUGAAGAUUGCUUUGCGUGAAAUUGAUACAAGAAUGAGAAACCAAAUUUGCCCCAAUAUGACACAUAUCCAUACGCAAUGACACCGACACCAGCACCCGCUACUAAUACCGCUGCCGGUGCUGGAGCAGAGAACACAUUCACCAAAACACAAAAGACAUCCGGGUUUCCAUUUCAAAUCAAAGUGUAAGGGGGUUAUGCAUAGGCGUACACAGAUGAAUGGAGCGGAGCGGAGCGGAGUUGAGCUGAGCGACAACAAAAGAAUGGAGAUGAGAGAUGAGUGAUGAAUGAUCAGAGUUAGGUGGUGCGGAUAGAAGUGAUGAGAAGAAUAUGCAGCACGAGGUAGUUGGAGGCCUCUGGAGCGAGAAAAAGAGCAGAUGCGGAGUUGAAGCGAAGUACGGUCCUGCGCGGUGAACUUAAAGUGGGAAGAUUGAAGUCGAGCAUUGCAUUUUCUUUUAGCGAGAGGUGUUUGCGUGUUGCUGCGGUGGUCUUAAUACUAUCUUUCUUUUCCUCGUGUCCGUUCGUGGCUACACUGCUUUUCUCUUGAUGUCGAAUCUCACUGCACACCACACUUGUUUUUUUCUCACUGAUGAAGCCGUGUGCACCGGCUUUUGCAGCGGUCCCAGAGUAGAGACGACUGGACAUAAUGUAUUAAUGUAUGGAAAGCUCACAUUGUCAACUGGAA